AGCAAUGGCAAAGCUCGUGAUUCUCCUAUCUGCCUUCGCAGUCCUCCUCCUGGUGGCCAACGCCUCCAUCUACCGCACCACUGUGGAGUUUGAAGAAGAAUCAAGCCGUGGGCAGAGUUGCCAAGAGCAGUUCGAACGGCAGCAGCGAUUCAGGAACUGUCAAAGGUACGUGCAACAGGAGAUCCAGGGGGGACGCCGGCUCAGUUCUGACGUUAACCAGAGACAACAAUGCUUCAAACAAUGCUGCCAGGAGUUGCAGGAAGUAGACAGAAGGUGCCGCUGCCAGAACCUAGAGCAAAUGGUGAGACACCAGCAGCAACAGAGACAGCUCAGGGGUGAGGAGGUUGAGGAAUUUUAUGAAACAGCCAGUGAAUUGCCUCGCUUGUGCAACAUUUCACCCAGCCAGGGAUGUCAGCUCAGUUCACCCUACUAGAUUCACGUCCAUGAAGAUGUGCAUCAAGUGUAGUAGUAGAAGAAAUAAAGUUCCUUGCAUGCUCUGGCAUUUUAGCUGGAGAUUAAGGGUGAAUAAGCAGUAGUACUAGA